GUAUUCUCGUUGUGCGGAAAGAUUUUUUUGCAAGUGAAUUUCGUGUGUAAAAUAUUUACAAAUAAAUUAAUAAAAAACAGUUUUUGCUUAAAUAGUUUUAAAAAAAUGAGUUCACGUCGCAAUUAUCUAGAUGCUGAUAACAGCAUUAUGGAAAGAAAUUUAAGAUUUGUUAAGAAUGAUUUGGAGGAAAAUCUUAAUCAAUAUUUUGGCGGUUCGUCUAGUCGUAGUGGCAAUUCUACUACGGUAACAGCUCCACCACGCGACUAUAAUGUUGUACAACCUAAACCCGAAAUUGAUGAUAUAUAUAUAUAAGUGAAGAAUGCCUAAAUACUGGAGAAUUCAUGUCGGAAAUUCCAAUGCUUAAUAGUGAUGAUAUGAACCUAAAAUUAUUCCUUAAAACCAUAAAUAUGGAGAAUAUUUUUGAUACUUUAAAAGCUGCCAAUAUUACCUACAGAAGUCUACCCUAUUUAGAUAAAGAUGAUCUAAAAGAAGCUUUGCCACCCUUAGGACUUCGUGCAGAAUUUCGAGAAAAGUUAUUUGCCUGGAAAAAUGAACAGUGUGGAUAUGAUGAUGAAACUUCUUCAGGACCAUCUAGAGUGCAGACAUGGCUGAACCAAAAUGAAGCAUCUACCAGUUUUACCAAUAGCACCGCUUUAAAAAAGGAUUUAAAAAGCUUAUUAAGUGAAUCCACAAAAGGAAAAGCAGUAAUUGAAUAUGCAGCUAAAAAUCAAAAAUUUAAUACUCAGCAAAGGGAUGAUAUUAUAAGUAUAAUAAUUGAAGACGCUAUCACAAACAAAGUAGUACUUUAUGCUUAUGAUUUUGUACGAUUAACAACGGAGAUUUGCACGCUGUUUCCGUUUGAAAAUAAUAUGAGGGAAUACUAUUACAUACCAAGAAGUCAAAAAAAUAAUGCCGGUGGAAAGAUGUAUAGCAAAUACAGAAAUAAAUUGGCAAAAAAAAGAAAACUAAUGGUUUCCACUGAGUGCUCCAGUCCUGACACUGAAAAGACAGAUUUUAAUGAAUCUGUUUCUAUGGCAUUAAAAAUCUCACUUAACAGCGACAAUUUAGAUUGGAAAGAUGUCUGUUGCAAGUGGAAACAAACGUAUAAUAUACGACAAAAGGAAUUGAAAAACUUAACGAGUGAUGAAUUUCUAAAAAGCUGGUCUAAAUUAUCUGAUUGUCGUGUACCAGAAUUGAUAAAUAUAGAUUUUGAUAUAAUGCAUCCUGGUAAAGGAAAUUUACUUAUUUCGAAAUGGCAAUUAUUUAAACAAAAAAUUUUAAGUUAUUACAACAGUUCUAUACACAAUGAGUCCUGUAAGCAAUUACUAGCUAGUAUAACCCCAACCACAAGUACAGAUACUCAAGAUUUUAUCUAUACUAUACUGCUGAAUGCAGUUCUACCUUCAGGAGCUAGAUUUAAAAAUCAAAAUGGAAAAUGUGUUAAACGUGUAACAAUAGCCGACUCCAAAGAAAGUCUGGUUUUGCGACUAACAUCCAUAAAUGACUAUAAACAACAAAUCGAUGCUGUAAUAAGCAAAUAUUAUUCGGCAGACUUAACCAUACAACCAUUUAUCAUUGUAGAAGGUAUAAGCGACACCCAUAUAAAUAGUUUCUAUGUAUAUUUCAAUAAUAAUUUGCUUAAGUUUAAUACAUUUAUUAAGUGUUUGGAUACUUGUUUUAAAAUUUUUCACAUACUUUCAUUAAGAUAUCCUAAAGCUUGCCUAGAACCAUGGUUAUUUAUACAAACGUAUUUUUAUAAUAUAGAAAGACAAUUUGAUGUCAAAACUGUCAAUUUAACUUCUCUCAUGAGUUUUCUAAAUAAUAGUAAUUGAAAAUUAAAGAAAAAAUUUCAAAAGACCCCACAAUUUUAAUAAAUUCUUCUAAAAUUAUUAGAAAGGAAUAUUUUCACAGUAUUUUUACAUUAAAUUAAGUAAAUUUUAAGAUUGCUAAGAUAGUUAAUGUUAAGAAAACUCCACGUUUUAAAGAAUUAUUUUAUUUGACUGUAAAUGGAAAACAUUAAACUAAUUAUUAUAAAUAUGACAUUUUUCAGUUAUAUGAAAUUGGCUUUUAGAUUCUACCUUACAUUUUAUUUAUAUUCCAUAAAUAUGUAUAAUAUUAAGUUAAUUUAAUAAAACAUAAAUUAAU